AUGUUGUUGGCAGAGAAUGUAUCACUGUACUUUUGCAAAUCUGUUGAUGUCGGCGUUGUGAAUCUUUCAGGUAGCUCCGAAUGGAACCCAACCCUAAUAAAUCGUUCGAGACAUGGUUUAGUCAGUUUUAAUCCGAAGGCCAAUCACUUGGUUGCGACUUCAUGGGAUAAUCAGGUUCGUUGUUGGGAAAUAAUGCAAAAUGCGGGUAAUAUUGCCAGUACUCUUAAGGCUUCAAUAUCUCAUGGUCAUCCGGUUUUAUGCUCGGCACGGAAGGAUGAUGGAACAACGGUCUUUUCUGGAGGCUGUGACAAUCAAGUUAAAAUGUGGCCCUUACUGUCAGGUGGUCAAGCCAUGACUGUGGCCAUGCAUGAAGCACCCGUUAAAGAGGUUGCUUGGAUCCCUGAGAUGAGCCUGCUGGUCUCUGGAAGCUGGGACAAGACAUUAAAGUAUUGGGGUACAAGGCAGCCAAAUCCAGUGCAUACACUACAACUUCCUGAUCGCUGUUAUUCGAUGACAGUAAGAUAUCCAUUGAUGGUAGUUGGUGCUACAGAUAGAAACUUGAUAGUAUUUAACUUGCAUAGUCCACAGAAUGAAUUUAAGAGAAUUGUUUCACCUUUGAAGUAUCAGACAAGGUGUGUAGCUGCCUUUCCCGAUCAGCAAGGUUUCUUGGUAAUAUUUCCAUCCCUUUCUCUAGGAAGGGUUGGUGUUCAUCAUCUUGACAAGUCUUUGGCGAAUAAAAAUUUCACUUUCAGGUGCCACAGGGAAGGAUCAGAGAUAUAUUCUGUCAACUCCUUGAACUUUCAUCCAGUAAGUGCAUCACAUAUUGCAACUGCAGGGUCGGAUGGUGCUUUUCAUUUCUGGGACAAGGAUAACAAAAAGAGGCUGAAGUCCAGUUUACGGUGCAGUCAGCCCAUAACUUGGAGCACUUUCAACCAGGAUGGUUCAAUUUUUGCAUAUGCAGUGUGUUACGAUUGGAGCAAGGGAGCAGAAAAUUACAACCCUGCAACAGCAAAAACCUACAUUUACUUACACCUGCCACAGGAGUCUGAGGUUAAACCCCAGCCCCAGGCCACCGCCGGGGGCGGCAGGAAGUAACAAUAUUCUUCCAUCAAAUUCUAAGAAAAUUCACUGUAAAUUCGACAACAUUCUUUUGUUUUUCUUCGGAUGUGUCUUAUUUUAUCUUGUCAAUUACUAAUAAAUUAACUAGGAUAGAAAUUGUAGGCUACAAAUAUGACUUAGUUUUAGUUUAGAGCGUAAUGCACCAUGUUUUGUAUGACUUCAAAUACUGAGUUUUCAAAUACAUAUGAUUUAUAAUU